CCUGAUGUUAACUAUUUCACCGUUGAAUCAUUGUACCACUAAGAAGCAGAUAAUGACACCAGAACAGAGUCCAGCAACUUCCCUCAUUGACAGGACCAUCAAGAUGAGGAAAGAGACUGAAGCCCGGAAAGUGGUCUUGGCCUGGGGACUCCUUAAUGUGUCUGUUGCGGGCAUGAUAUAUACUGAAAUGACUGGAAAACUUAUAAGCUCAUAUUACAACAUCACGUACUGGCCGCUCUGGUAUAUUGAACUUGCACUUGCAUCUCUGUUCAGCCUGAAUGCCUUAUUUGAUUUCUGGAGGUACUUCAAAUACACGGUGGCACCGACGAGCUUGGUCAUGAGUCCUGGCCAGCAGACCCUGCUGGGGUUGCAGAAUGCAGCAGUACAAACAACUCCACCACGUGAGCUGGCAACAAAGAAAGUCCCGUCUUCGACGCCUUCUCCUCCGAUCCAGGGUCAAAGUGUGCUGAGUUACAGCCCAUCCCGCUCCCCUAGUGCCAGUCCAAAGUUUACUACCAGUUGUAUCACAGGGUACAGCCCUCAGCUGCAGGCUCUGUCGAGCAACAGCGCUUCUUACAGCAGUGCUGUAACCUAUUCACCAAGCAGCAGCUACAAUAAGGUUUCCAGCUUCAGCCCCUCUCCCAGUGGAUCACCGUACCCCACGAGUAUUGGACCAGUGGAAGGCGGCGGGCUAAGGUCUCGUUACCGCUCUUCGCCCAUUCUGUAUAAUUCUCCUACUGGCAAAGAAGACUAUAUGACAGACCUCAAGUCACUGGACACCUUCCUUCGAAAUGAAGAAGAGAAACAGCACAGAGUUCAACUGGGAAGUUCAGAUUCCGGCUCUCCUUCCAGCAGCCCAACUUUUUGGAACUACAGCCGUUCCAUGGCAGACUACGCACAGAUGCUGAGAAAGUUCCAGUAUCAGCUGGCUUGCAGGUCCCAGGCUCCGUCAGCACACAAGGACGAAGCUGAUCUGAGCUCAAAACAGGCUGCAGAAGAGGUUUGGGCACGGGUGACAAUGAACCGACAGCUCCUUGAUCACAUGGAUUCCUGGACCGCUAAGUUCAGAAACUGGAUCAAUGAGACUAUUCUAGUGCCACUCGUCCAAGAGAUCGAGUCUGUGAGCACUCAGCUGAGAAGGAUGGGGUGUCCAGAAUUGCAGAUCGGAGAAGCCAGCAUCAGCAGUCUGAAGCAGGCAGCGCUCGUGAAAGCUCCCCUCAUUCCAACCCUGAACGCUAUAGUGCAGUAUUUGGAUCUUACACCAAACCAGGAGUAUUUGGUCGAAAGGAUCAAAGAGCUUUCUCAGGGAGGAUGCAUGAGUUCCUUCCGAUGGAACAGAGGAGGGGAUUUCAAAGGCCGCAAGUGGGACACCGACUUGCCCACCGACUCCUCUAUCAUUAUGCACGUGUUCUGCACCUACCUCGACUCCAGGCUGCCACCUCACCCCAAGUAUCCCGACGGCAAGACCUUCACUUCCCAACACUUCGUUCAGACGCCAGAUAAACCAGACACUUCAAACGAAAACGUGUUCUGCAUCUACCAGAGCAGCAUCAAUCCGCCCCACUACGAACUGAUCUACCAGCGCCACGUCUACAACCUGCCCAAGGGCAGAAACAACAUGUUCCACACCUUGCUUAUGUUUUUGUAUAUCAUAAAGACGAAAGAAUCCGGGAUGCUCGGGCGUGUGAAUCUCGGUUUGUCGGGAGUCAACGUUCUGUGGAUUUUUGGAGAAUAACACCUCGAGCAGGAUGCCGGUUCAGAGGAACGAUGCUCCUCUGGUGAGACGAACUGAGCAGCAUCGUCACGUUGUUGACUUAAAACACGGACUUACUAUGAAACGGGAUCGUUUAAGCUCUGCUUUGUGGGCAGAGCGGAAGCGUUUGUAAUUCCUCUGCGGGUUUUAUGACGAUAUUAUUUAAAAUGUUUCACUGUUGAAAUGCUACUACAUGCGAACGCCAGGCAGGUUUUCUUUUUUCCGGCUCCUCACCCGAACGAAUCCUGUUUAAAAAGCCUUUUGCUGUUUCUGUUCCACGUACGUGCCCGCGCCGUCGCCGCUUAACUGAGCUUAACUGAUCUCGGGGCUAAACUCCAACCGCGUUUGAGGGCUGGAACAGCCCCCCCCCCGGGUUUGUGCGAGCCGCGAGCGAGUCGUCACAUGGAAGGAUACAACCAUUCGGUCAACUUCAGGAUCCACGAAAUUCCAGAUCGGCACGAGAAAAGCCAAGUCAAAAAGUUUAGGCUCGUUUUGGUUCAUUUGAUUACGUAUGAUAAGAAAAACAUUAUUUUUUUUUUUUUUUUAAUCCCUGCUUAUUGCUGUAAUUGGGUUUUCGGACCCCACGCGAUGCGCUGGGCGUCUGCGCUGCGGGUGUGAAGGAAAGAGAGAACCGUGUUUGACGUGCUGGUUUCAGUAAAUAAGAUUUUUAUUUUUAUUAUUUUUAUUUUUUUGACCAAAAUAAGCAUGCCACCCACCUCCGGCAGCCUUGCGAGCUCCGAAACACCGGGU